CUCUCUAAUUCCCUCUGGUGGAUCCAGCGUCUGCACUUCCAAGUACUUGGUCCAAAGAUCUAAAGAUCUUGGAUCAUUGAACCCCAUAAGAAACUGCUCCUCUUGGGUGGAUACGAACACAUUUUUUAUAAACUGACUGUAUUUGUGUGAGGGAGCGACUGCAAGAUGGUAGCUUCACAUAGCUGGCUGUUGGGGCUUAUCGUAGCUCUGCUUUGCACUGGACCGUUCGGGGAUUCUGUGCAGGCUGAAGAAAGGCUGCAAAGUGAGGAAGCCGAGGUGCUGAGCGGUCUGGACCCUACUGGAGGUGAGAAAGAGGAGGUGGCUGAUGAGGAGGAGGUUGGAGAUAUAUCUGAAGAAGUAGAUGAAGACGUGGGAGGAGAUGGGGAAGCAGAGGGAGCUGAAGAUGAAGAUGAUGGAGAGGAAGCGGUGACACCAGAAGAGGAGAUAACUAAGGAGGCAGAAUCAACUGAGGCAGAAGCUGAGGAUGAGGCAGAAGAGGGAGCAGAUGAAGAGGAACCAGCAGAGGAAGAAGAAGAGGUAGAAGUAGCAGAAGAGGAGGAGGAGGAGGAGGAUGCAGAGAAAGAGGAGGUAGAAGUAGAGGAAGGAUUAGCAGAAGAAGAGGAUUCAGCACAACAGAUAACAGAGGAAGAAGAAACAGCCGCAGAGGAUGAGGGAGCACCAGGUGAGGAAGAGGAAGAGGCAGAUGAGGAGAAUGAAACUGCUGAUGAAGAUAAUGAGGAGGCUGGAGAUGAAGGUGCAGAUGAAGAGACCACAGAUACUGUUGAAGAAACUGCCAGUGAGGAAAAUGUAGAGGGACAAGAGUUGGUCUCCACGAAGGAUGUAAUGUAUAGCUCAGGCUCUUUCUGUGCACUUUGCUCAGUCUGUGAGCACUGCGGUACCUGUGACAAAUGUCCCUGUGAGGAAGGGGACACGUCAGCACACUGCAAUCACUGCGAAGAUUGUUCCUACUGUUACGUUUGUCCUGUGAUCUGUGAAACAGUCUGCCAGCCAGGUGGAAUUCUUGAUGUACUGAGCGGUUCUCUCUACCAGACGGUGAACACGUUGCUCUGAAAACGUUCAGCAUUCUUCACAGAGGAACUACAGACUAGCGUUCAAAUCAUUCAUUUGUAGGCCUGUCUAUUUGACUGGCAAGAUCCGGGGAUUCUCACUCUGAGGCCAGCAAAGAGAGUGGACAACAGAUCUUAAAUAUAAGCAAGGAACUGCCAGGACCCUAAUGUUUACCAUUUAAUGGCAUUUUAAAGGUGACUUUACAGGCUGCAUUAAAUGAAUAACAAAUAUGGU